AUGGAGCGGACCGGCGGGCAUUAUUUGAGCAGCGGGUGUGACGUCACGAGGCCGGGCGCUCCGGAAGCGGCCGGGAGGUGUUCGCCGGUACUCCUGUGUUCCCUGGACCGACGACGUUUAUUGCAACCAAGCGCGCCAAUUGAUACGCUCGAAGCCGUGUUAGGGCAGAGCGCGGAGAUUCCCUGCAAUGUGACGACAGAUGCUGAUGAUGACAAAUUGAACAUACUGGCAUGGUAUAGAAACAGCUCAACAACUGCUUUUUAUAGCAGUCGCGACCAUCGAGGAGGUGCUGGCAGCGUCAUGUCCCCUAGCCAUAGAUAUCGACUACUCACGUCUGAAGGCGAAGGCGUAGACAGUCUGGAGAUCGUAACGGUGAAGUCGUCUGACGCCGGCUUAUACCAUUGUUAUGCUGACUUUGCUAUGAGUCCAGCACGUAAAACAUUCGUCAAUCUAAUUGUUAUUGAACCACCCCAAAAGCUUUGGGUUAUUCACGAGAACGGAACUCGAGUGGCGACCGCUAACACUGGUUCUAACACCAGUAAAAAUAUUGGACCUUUUUAUGUUGGGGAUACCAUACAUCUGUUCUGUGUAUCUUUUGGAGGCAAACCUCAACCGAAUCUGUCAUGGUGGUCCGAACAACGGCGUCUUAAGGAUUCAAGUACUCCGCUCUCUGAGCAGCGUGUACGCAGUGACCUCCGUUUUGGUCCUUUGAGCCGGGAACAUCACGGACGAGUGUUUACAUGUUUUGCUAAGAAUAAUGACAAGACACCACCUUUAUCAAUCGAUAUUUCAAUUGAUAUGUAUUUACCGCCAGAGCUGGUGACAAUCCGUAUCAGCAGUGCAAAAGAAGAUGCAGUUUACAAUGGACGAGUCCAUUCCGGUGACGUGUUGUCGAUGCAGUGCCGGGUUCUGGGCGCCAGGCCCUUGCCUACCGUCAUAUGGCGCAUGGACGACUCUCAAUUAAUAAAUCUCGAACAGAAUAUAACUCUGGAGCCAACUCAACAGCUAAUGGUAAAUGAAAUCCAAUUGAGUAUAACUGCCGAAUAUGACGAGUCACGCAUAACUUGCUGUGUCCCAGCUUAUCGUAGGGAUUCUGAAGAGUACGUCUGCGCUGUAGGACAGCAUUUAUCAGUCCUCUAUUCACCGGUAUUACACAUUUCGACGGUUGAAACUAUGGAAAAUAAUACAAUAUCUAUCAUUAAGAGUUCGAAUAUUUCCAUGAAUUGCAGCUUUGAGGCAAAUCCCGCUAUUUACCGUCUUAUUUGGUUUCAUGAGGAAGAUAUGCUAAGCAUGAGUACAGGGGACAGCGCAGUGCCAUUGCAAACGAAACUGGAUUUACACGCUGUGACCGAACAAGAGAGUGGAGAGUACGUUUGUUCUGCGACCAACGACGAAGGCACAGCCUAUAGUGAACCAAUCCUAAUAGAUGUCGUAUAUCCACCAUAUUGUGAAGAUGAGGGGGUGGUGGAAUAUGGCGUGGUGGCUGAGGAAUGUAUUAAUAUAACGUGUAAAGUGCGAGCGAACCCCGAGCCUAGCGCCUAUCGAUGGUUGCUGGUGAGCGAAACUGAGGGUACUAAAUUAAACACGAAUCAAUCGCAAACAGUAGAAACCGAUGAUAAAACCCUCAUGUAUCAGAGACCUACUGGUACAACAACAUUGAUAUAUUGUUGGGGCUUGAAUUCGGUGAAGAAUAGUGAUCUACCGCAAACAAAGUGCACGUUUAUGAUCACCGACGAAACUAUACCACAGCCGCCCACAAACUGUGCUGCUGUAAAGGAUGUCCAUGGAGAUAUUACAGUUACUUGUGAGGCGGGUCACGAUGGAGGAUUGCCACAAAAAUUCAAAUUCAUCGUAAACUCCUUGGACUCAGGAGACCAAAUAGUCUCCAUCAUCAACCAGGAACCGAAAUUUAUUAUAGAGGAACCAAAGGAAACAAAAUAUAAUUUUAUCAUAAUCGCAAUGAACGAAAAAGGCGAAAGCAAAAUGAUUGAAAUUGCGAAGGAAAGUAUUGUGUAUGAGAAUACAGAUCCUGAAUUCACAAUUAGUGCAGUGACAAAUCUGACUACACUCGUGCUGUCACUGUGCGGUGGUGUGGCUUUAUUAGCUCUCAUAGCAUGCGGUCUGGUGCUGUGCGCCCAUGAGCGUACGGAACGCCACGAUUUGCCGAGGGACAGGCAUCCACCACUUUGCGCGUAUACUACUGACGAAUCCAACUGCGAAACAUUCAACGACAGCGACGAAGGGAGCGAAUGCAAUAUAAGACGAACGGAGUCAUUCAGAAGAGCAAUGUCGAAAUAUCCUUCGAAAAACUUCGACGUGAGACGAACUAGCUCAUUUCAUUCAGCGCGCUAUUUGCGAGACAUGGCUGACGCGGAACCUAAAUGUUUGGAAACCAGGCAUACUGGCUGCAGGGUACAUUCGCUUCAAAAUAUCAGUAAGAAGAAAGACGUGGACGUACUUUGUGAUCAUCUUGUAAUGCAUAUACCCCCAGAAACUAGCUACAAUGUGCCUAAGCCGAUGAACACAUUCUAUACUAUGCCCAGAAAAACAAGGCAUAGGCUACAAAAAGAGCUAAGCGACGAAACGUCGGAGAUAACACAGGCUUCUGACGGUUUCUCGCUGCCCCCACCGCCAGACGAAUACGGAUCCUAUCGGGCAGCGACUAGAAUCAAGGACAUAGCAACGAAAUCUAUUCCUACAUAUACAACUAUCAUGAGGCAAAAUUCAGGCAAGAACUUAUAUGGCGGAGGAAUAUCGCCUAUAAAUACCGUGGGGCUGCCCAGUACAAGUGCAUAUCAUACGAACCUUUAUUCAUACCCUGAUGACGAUCACCAGGUAAAGACGAACCCCUUUGACGAUGAAUGA